UAAAGUUAGCGCGACUGCCGAAAGAGCCGAAUGACGAUUAAUUCGAAUCGCGCUUCCCGAAUUUUGAGCCUCCGGCCCACCGUAGAGGCGCGUGCCCGACAUCAUGGUGGAGAAGAAGGUGGCGGUGCGUUCGCAGGACCCGAACCAGCGGCGGGUACUGGACCGUGCCACGCGGCAGCGACGCCUCAGCCGGCAGCUCGAGGCCUUGGAGAAGGACAACUUCCAGGACGACCCACAUGCAAGCCUGCCACAGUUGGCCAAGAGGCUGCCCCAGUUCGACGACGAUAACGAGUCCGGUGGGGGUAAGAAGAGAAAGAAGACAAGGGGAGAUCACUUCAAGCUGAGGUUCCGGAAGAACUUCCAGGCUUUGCUGGAAGAGGAGAACCUGAGUGUGAGUGAGGGGCCCAACUACCUUACUGCCUGUGCUGGACCAUCCAAGUUCCCUCAGCGUCAUUUUUGUGCCGUGUGCGGAUUCCCCUCAAACUACAUGUGUGUGUCCUGCGGGGCACGCUACUGCGGUGUCUACUGCUUAGGGACACACCAGGAGACCAGAUGCCUCAAGUGGACCUUGUGAGGAGGAAAUGUGACCAAUGGGUCUGGUUUGGUCUGCACUCGUCCUGCAUCUCCAGCCGUGGAGGGUUGAUGAUGAAGCUGCAGUGUCAGAAAAGGGAUGCAGAUGGGAGGAGCACAGGAUGAGUUCCAGAAAAAGCCACAGAAAGGCAUCCUUGUAGCAGAUGCUACUGCUUAUUAUGGGUUCAGAAGACAUUUAUUUAUAAAUGCCGUUUUUACCAGAGUUGUUGUUAAGAGUGAAGGUAACAAGAGUGUGAUAGUGAAGUACGUUACACCUUCAAGCUUUCACACUGUGUCAUAUGAAGUUAAAUGUAUUUAUAUGAGUGACUCUGGGGGGAAUUAUGUGUUAUUAAUGGGUUUGUUCUGCCUGAACAAGUUUGUCAUGUGACUAAAGCAAUCUAAUUUUGUUUGCUGCAUUAGGACAUGAUGUGCUUGAAUGUGCUGUUUGGAAGA